GGAGGCGCUUGGGGGGCGGGGGGGGCGGUUCGACUCUCGUCUCCGGGAUCCCGAGGCCUGGAUGGCGGCCGGAGCGCCGCGGGCUCCGCGCUAACCCUCGGCCCGGCCCGGCCCCUGAGGAAGCGGAUCCGAGGAGCAGCCCGGGAGCGGGAGGAACAUGACAUCCCGGAGAUGGUUUCACCCAAAUAUCACUGGAGUGGAGGCAGAAAAUUUACUGCUGACACGAGGUGUUGAUGGCAGCUUCUUGGCCAGGCCCAGUAAGAGUAAUCCAGGAGACUUCACACUUUCUGUUAGGCGGAAUGGCGCUGUCACACACAUCAAGAUUCAGAACACUGGCGACUAUUACGACCUAUAUGGGGGGGAGAAGUUUGCCACCCUGGCUGAGUUAGUACAGUAUUAUAUGGAGCAUCAUGGACAAUUGAAAGAAAAGAACGGAGACGUUAUUGAGCUGAAAUACCCACUGAACUGUGCAGAUCCUACCUCGGAAAGGUGGUUUCAUGGGCACCUCUCUGGGAAAGAAGCAGAGAAGUUACUGACUGAAAAAGGAAAACAUGGAAGCUUCCUGGUGCGGGAAAGCCAGAGCCACCCGGGGGACUUUGUUCUCUCUGUGCGCACGGGGGAUGAUAAAGGCGAGAGUAACGAUGGCAAAUCGAAAGUGACGCAUGUCAUGAUUCGCUGUCAGGAUCUGAAAUAUGAUGUCGGUGGAGGAGAGAAGUUUGAUUCUUUAACUGACCUUGUGGAGCAUUACAAGAAGAACCCCAUGGUGGAAACUCUGGGUACUGUGCUACAGCUAAAGCAGCCCCUGAAUACAACUCGCAUUAAUGCUGCAGAGAUUGAAAGCCGUGUGAGAGAAUUAAGCAAAUUAGCUGAGACCACGGAUAAAGUUAAACAAGGUUUUUGGGAAGAAUUUGAGACUCUACAACAGCAGGAAUGCAAGCUCCUAUAUAGUCGUAAAGAAGGUCAGCGGCCAGAAAAUAAAAACAAAAACAGAUAUAAAAACAUUUUGCCAUUUGAUCAUACCAGGGUUGUCCUACAUGACGGGGAUCCGAACGAACUAGUUUCAGAUUAUAUUAAUGCAAACAUCAUCAUGCCUGAAUUUGAGACCAAGUGUAACAAUUCAAAGCCCAAAAAAAGUUAUAUUGCAACGCAAGGCUGUCUGCAGAAUACAGUGAAUGACUUCUGGAGAAUGGUGUUUCAGGAGAAUUCGCGAGUUAUUGUCAUGACGACGAAAGAAGUAGAGAGAGGCAAGAGUAAAUGUGUCAAGUACUGGCCCGAUGAAUAUGCUCUAAAGGAGUACGGGGCUAUGCGAGUUAGGAAUGUUAAAGAAAGCGCUGCUCAUGAUUAUACGCUAAGAGAGCUUAAGCUCUCUAAGGUUGGACAAGCUCUACUUCAGGGGAAUACGGAGAGAACAGUGUGGCAGUAUCAUUUUAGAACCUGGCCCGAUCAUGGCGUGCCCACUGACCCUGGGGGUGUUCUGGACUUUUUAGAAGAGGUCCAUCACAAGCAGGAGAGCAUUCCUGAUGCAGGCCCUGUGGUGGUGCAUUGCAGUGCUGGAAUUGGCAGGACAGGAACUUUCAUUGUGAUUGACAUCCUUAUUGACAUUAUCAGAGAGAAAGGUGUGGAUUGUGACAUUGAUGUUCCCAAGACCAUUCAGAUGGUGAGAUCCCAGAGAUCAGGGAUGGUCCAAACAGAAGCCCAGUACAGAUUUAUCUACAUGGCUGUGCAGCAUUACAUUGAGACGCUACAACGCAGAAUUGAGGAGGAGCAGAAAAGCAAGAGAAAAGGGCAUGAAUAUACAAACAUUAAAUAUUCUCUAGCAGACCAGACAAGUGGAGAUCAGAGUCCUCUCCCACCUUGCACCCCGACUCCAACCUGUCCAGAAUAUGACUAUUCCUCCCCACCCCCAAAAGGUCAAGAAAGAUGCAAGGACUUUCAUGUGAAAAAUGAAUUUGGAAGGUUUGCAUUCUGACUGUUUAACUUCCGCUAAUAAGCAAAGUGCAAAACCAUGUGUAAAGAUCAUGAUUUUUCUCUCUCAACAAUACCUGAUUUCCAAUUGCUGGCUUUUUAAAUAAGAAGAAAUCAUCUCUACAAUGUAGACAAUGUUAUAUUCUAUAGAAUUUUGUGUUAAAUUGAGGAAGCUAUUAAAUUUUCAUUUUCACAUUUUGUAGAUGAUGGUGAUUAAAAUUCAAGUUAUCAGCAUUUUUCUUUUUUAAAUUGGAGCAGAUUUAUUCUUUUUUCUUUGUGAGGCAUGAAAGGGCACUUUUGGAAGGAGCAAUGAUUUGGGAAAAUCUGUCAAAUAUCCAGUACAAAUGGGAACAAUUUUUUUCUUAUCUAUUAUAACUAAUAGGGGAUAGAAUCAUGUGCUAAUGCCUGAAGCUCACAGAGUCGAGCAUUUCCUUUCCAACUGGCCACUUCAGAGUGGAAAGUGACAAUGGUUUUUUGGUAAAGUGUAGGGGCUUUGUUUUGUUAGCAGAUGGCUGACUUACUCCUCAGCCAACUUGUUGAGUUUCUGUUGGGAAAAUAUACACAAGGUUUUCUUUGAACCAGAGUCACUGUCUUUAUACUCAAAAGAAAAUCCUCCUGCUGAUGACCAGUAAUGGAGAUAGCAUUUGCAGUCACUCAGAAAAGCAUCAGCUCAUAGCAGGGGCAGGAGGUGGCAGCAGCCCAAGGGGAUUCCUGGGGCUUUCAUGGCCAUCUCGCAGUUUUGACAGUUGGAGGUGGAAGACCUUCCAGUGAGCUUCUGCUGAUUCUUUGUGAUUUGCUCGACCCCAGCAGCCCUGCCGCGCCAACUGUGAGCUGGUGGGUGGGAGCUUCCCCCAACUCGGGGCUCCUGUGGUUUUCAGUAAGGCCUUAUACUUCUUUAGGUGAUCUGUGCUUCAGAAUCUGAUGAAGGAUACCCGAUCUGAGCCAGGCCCCUCGUGGCGAUCUGCGUGAAUGCAGAGGGUUGGCUUAAGCAAGGCCAGGAGGGGCCAGCGCCAUGGCUGGGGGACAUGACUGCCAGCAGUAGCUCCUUUUCUGUUUCAUUGAAUGGGAUUUUCACCAACCUUCUUUUACCUAAAGUGCCUUCCAGAGCCACAUCCCUUUUUGCUAUGUGUGUUCCACCAUUCUUCAUUGUGUUAUUUCAGCUGAAGUACUUUUGAUCAUAUUUGUAAAGACAAAUAAGCUCCUCUAGUGACUUCCCUUUUGAGCCCCUGUACUACUCAGGUUCCUUUCCCUAUGGCUGUCUUUUGUUUCUGUGCUUUGAGCCUUCCCAGGUCUCGGACCAGAGUGGAGCCAAUUCAGUGACUAGAUCAGGCCCGACUCGCCAGGAGUGGGAGCUUCUUUGCAGGAGAGCUGGGCUAGAGUGUUGCUUUUCCCUGAAGUCAUUUGGGAAGACCCGUGUGGUCAUUUUCACGUGCAGAAGAACGAAUGCCCUGACCUUCGAUAGACCAUGGUGAGACUUGGGCUGUAUGUAGGAUCCACAUAGGCCUUGCCCUGCAUGAGGGUGAGUGCAGCUGGGCCUGAGAUGAGAGAAAAUUCAGGCCCACUGUCACAGGGGGCUGCCUAAAGCCUGUAUUUGUGUGAAUUGAAAUAAGUGCAUCUUUUUAUUGCACGAUCACUUUGAAAACUUUUGUUUGCCUUUACUUUGUUGUAGUACUUUGGACUCUUGACUUUGGGACAGACUUUCACCAGCAUAUAUCUAUAUUUGUGCAAUGGUUUGAUUGUACAAAUGUAUUUGUUGCAUUAAUGUCAAUGCCUGUAGGGUAGAAUCAGUAGUAUUUGCACUCUCGGAACCCAACUUGUCCUGUAACUUGAUGGUGAGGUAAUUUCUUUUAUUUGGCUUUAUGAAGUCCUGUAUGGGACAUUCAUUUAAUGAAACCUUUUCUUAUUUUCCUAAAUAAGUAUAGUAUCAUGGUAUUAUCAAACUGUGUCUUAAUUCUGCCAGAUCACUGAAUGAUUAUUGAGCACUGGAUAACUCGAUGGAACUGGGAUCUCCUCAAGGUGGGCGGACACUCUUUGCAGUGAUGCCAGUGGCAACCCCUCCACACCUUCCUGUCUUGUCUAGCCCUUGUCCAUGCCAUCCUGUGACUCUUCCCCAAAAGGCUUUAGAUUCCUGGACACUUGUAUGGGUGCCAGUGGGGCAUGGUGACUUCACGGGUAGUCAUAGCUCUUUCUUGCUUCAUGACUGUGCCCCUUCUUUUUCUGGUCUUCAGUCUCUCUGAUGCUCUAGUUCUUUAUUGCUGAAGUGCUAUAGCCUGUUCCAUAGCCAUGCCUUUGGUGAUCUUCAGCUUUAACCCUUCAAAGACUGGUAGUCCACAGUUUGCAGCCAUGAAGCAUCACCAGAACUUGGUCCCACGUUACCAAAUUUCACAUGAGCUUAAGGUGUGACACUGAAUAGGUGCAAUGUAGAGCUGGAACCAUGACAGAUUGGCAAUUGGAGCUUUUAGAAUUAGUAGUUUGGCAAAGGUGGUUUGAGGAAGCAGCAGAACGACUUGGGGGGGCAGGGCGGGGGGAAGCAGUUGACAGUGGAUGGAUCAGAUGACCUUGAAUUGUAUGUGAAGUCACAUUUAUUCUGUAGCUAACAAAUGAAUUUUGCUACCAGAGUUGACAGAUAUUGUAAUGCUUUCAGCAAAGUCUGGAAAGUAUAACUUUCUGUAUUUGGAAAUUGUUCUGAGUCCAUUGAAGACUUCAAGACUUCAUGUUGUUCAAGUUGCAUUUGGUAUGAGUUAUUCAAUUGAGCUAACAUUUAGUUUGUUAAUGAGCACCAAGGCACUUUGCUGGGCUCCUGGGGAUGCCAAGAUUUAGAGAGAGAGAGAGAGAGAGAGAGAGAGCGCAUCUGCCCUCAAGGAAUGCCAUGCCAUGAACUGUGCAAUUUUUUGGCUUAUCACUGGGCAUGUGCACAUUUAUUAAAACCAGUUUUUAGGUGAGGUAUCCAUGCUUCUCAUUGCACCCUGGCCAACUACUUACCUUGCCUAAUUCUGAGUAUCAUGUCAUUUACAUAUCAUGCACAAGUAAGCUGGCUCUUCUUAAGUUGUGAAACUAGGAGUCUGUGUUUUGAGUGAGAAUUUUUCUGGAAUGUGAUAUUGGAAUUAAAAACAAAAACAAAAAAAUGAAUUCAACAAGAUUUCUUAACAGCUCUUUUGGGGGGGAAUUUUGAAGUUUCAACCUAGUGUAUGGCCCUGCUGAAAACCAUGGCGAUUGCUCAAGUUGACAGGAAUGGCCUUUUUCAUAUGGUGGAUUUGGGGAGGGGACAGGGAAAGAUGGAAGGAUUAUCUUUAGUGUCUCCAUGCUGGGUCCUAGUACAGGCUGGGAAUGUGCUUUGGUAUAAGUAGAAGAAAUUGUUCUGUUUGUGAGAGUCCGUAAUUAAGGUGAAUUUCCAUUUCUUGCAAAUAUACCAGCAUGUGCUCAUUACUAUGUAUCUUAAUUACCUGCACGUCUAAGCUCAGAGCACUCAUGCAUAGUCCGUGCAUAAAACUGACAACAUUGUCACCAACAGCCAUUUUUCCAAUUUGGGGAACUUUUUUCAGACUUUUGUUGCAGUUAAACAUCAAAGUGCCAUUCAGCUUUUGCUAUUGGAAGGAGUUAAACCAAUCAUUUAAAAAAUAAAACAAAAAUCUAUACGUCGAAAGGCCUGAAUUGUUUUGAAAUGUGGAGACACCCUUACAUACUAAAAACAAAGGGCAGAGAAUCCAGUUAAACACGCACGUUCUCCACCAGCCUCCCCCACCACUACCAACCAAAAAAACCCAAACCAAACUCUUUGCUGGGGAUAUGGUGGCUUGUCAGGUCUGGUGGUGCAUUUGCACAAAGACAAACUAUACAGUGACAAAGGCAUCGUACUGUGAACUUUUUUGAGGCACUGUGAAGUCAGUAAUCUAGUUAUUUUCAAAAAGUGUGGUUCCCUUAAUGGGUGCCCCUCUAUAAUGGGGCAACAUUUGCUCCCAAGUUAAUAAAACAGGUAGUUGAAUCAGGAGAUGCAACUGCUUCCUCUGCAUCCCCCAUGUAUAGGAAGUCCACGUUGAGUCCUUGACUUUCUCAGAUUUGGACUGCACCAAGGGGGAGAGGAUGCAUGUCCAAAAUGAUAUAAUUGUUUAAAAUGGUGGCUUAAUUGGCUCAUCUUUUUCCCCCACCUUCAUUCCAUCAUUCUCUAAUUAAAUAAAAAUAGCUAGUCAAUUGCUAGAAACAGUGUGUCCAGAGAGUUAGGGGAUUCUGCUGACAAAGGGGUAUAUUCAUGUUUCUGGAAUGAACUGUUUUGAAGCUCCAUUUAAGUUCAUCUUAUUUAUCUAUUCCCAUUAUAUCUUGAGAGAUUAUUAUAAUAGGUGUUUUAAAAAUAAUUUGACAUCCUGGAUUAUUUCUAGUUCAUUGGAAUGAGAAAAUGAAUUGAGUUAGAAGUAUUUGAUUAUAGAUUACUUACACCACAAGAAAACUUAAGAGUAUAACUCUUGAGGCACAACACACAUAUCUAUAUCUAUUAUAUAUUUUUUACCAGUAUAAAUCUGGUACAGUUUUCAUUGACUGUGCAUUGUAAGAAAAAAAUAAUAUAAAAAUUAAAAAAAAAGUUUUAUAGCAAAUGGUCACGCUGACUAUGGUUAUCUUAUUAGGACUGCUAGCCAUUACUUUGGACAGAACUUAUAAUUUUCCCUCAUGAAUAUUAGUUUAGAAAUAUAGUUUAUUGUUAUUGUAUCCUCACUAAAAUGUUUGCUCCUUUUUCUUUUUUUUUUUUUUUGUUUUGGGGCAGACUGCAAAAUCUAUCUAGGAGCUCGUUUCAGUGUUUUUCAUAACUUUUUUUUUUACUCAAACUAAUUUGAAAAAUGUUUCCACGCUCAACCUCAAAACUUGUAAUUAUUAAUUUUGCCUGUUUAUUUAUGACAUAAUUGUGAUUCUUUGUAUUACUAAAGGCUAAUGAGAAGGGAUCCUUUAUUAAGCUGAUGACUAGGCCUACUUUUAAUUUUUCUGCAGUGUAUGAAGUAUUGUACCAGAGUAUUAAAUGAAAUGUAAUAUUUUAUUGAAAAUCUAUCCUUUAAAAGGAAUACGUUUUAGGAUGUCAUCAAUUUGAUGUGAAUCAUGUAAAUGUUGAUAAUAUGCGCUGUGUUUAUUAUACAUUUAGUGUUUUUAAAAGACUCACUUAUUGCCUUUCUAGCCCACCUAUAUUAUGUAGUCGAUUUGCAAUUGUCCAAAAAAAAAAAAAAAAAAGACAUUAAAAGAAUAGCUUAUGUAUAAAAACAAUAGUGGAUGUUAAUCGCCUCAUGAUCUGUAUUUAUGGGUAUUAGUUCAGUGGUAUUGCUAGCAGCAAGGCUGAAUUAUCAGAGUAAAAAUGUAUUUGUAAACUGUAUCAGAACUGAAAAUUAGGAAUAAAAUCAUUUUCUUAUAA